UUCAUUUGUAAUAUAGAGGACGUAAACAUAAACGUUUCGUAAGAAGACAAAAGCUCUUGAUAUACUAGAUACGAUCUCGAUUUCGUUCUACUAAUAAUAUAUUUGAUUAAUACAUAAUGGUUAAAGACACCAAAUAUUACGAUCUUUUGGGAGUUUCUCCUUCUGCUUCUGACACUGAAUUGAAGAAGGCCUACAGAAAGGCUGCCUUGAAGUACCAUCCAGACAAGAACCCUUCACCAGAAGCUGCUGAAAAGUUCAAGGACCUUUCUUCUGCAUACGAAGUUCUUUCCGAUGAGCAAAAGAGAGAAAUUUACGAUACCUAUGGUGUAGAAGGUUUACAAGGUGGUGGCCCAGGUGGUAUGGGUGGUAUGGGUGCUGAUGAUAUCUUCUCCCAAUUCUUCGGUGGUGGUAGCUUUGGUGGCAUGGGUGGUGCUUCUCGUGGUCCACAAAGAGGUAGAGAUAUUAAGCACUCCAUCUCAUGUUCUUUGGAAGAACUUUACAAGGGUAGAGUUGCCAAGUUGGCCUUGAACAAGACUAUUCUCUGUAAGGGUUGUGAAGGCCGUGGUGGUAAGCUCGGUAAGAUCAAGAAGUGUUCUUCUUGUAACGGUCAAGGUGUUAAGUUUGUUACAAGACAAAUGGGUCCAAUGAUACAAAGAUUCCAAACUACUUGUGACGUUUGUCAAGGUAGUGGUGACAUCUGUGACGCCAAGGACCGUUGUACCGACUGUAAGGGUAAGAAGACUCAAACUGAACGUAAGAUCUUACAAGUCAACAUUGAUCCUGGUAUGAAGGAUGGUCAAAGAAUCGUUUUCUCUGGUGAAGGUGAUCAAGAACCAGACAUUACUCCAGGUGAUGUUGUUUUCGUUGUAGAUGAAAAGCCACACGAAAAGUUCACCAGAAAGGGUAACGAUUUAUACUACGAAGCUGAAGUCGAUUUAUUGACAUCUUUGGCUGGUGGUGAAAUCGCUUUCAAGCACGUUUCUGGUGACUACAUCAAGAUUACUAUCUUGCCAGGUGAAGUUAUUGCUCCAAACGCUCUCAAGGUUAUUGAAAACCAAGGUAUGCCAAUCUAUAGACAAGGUGGUAGAGGUAACAUGUUCAUUAAGUUCAGUGUUAAGUUCCCAGCCAAUGGCUUUGCCGGUGAAGACAAAUUGAAGUUGUUGGAACAAGUUUUACCUGCUAGAACUAAGGCUGUUAUUCCAAAGGGUGCUGAAGUUGAUGAAUGUGACUUGGUUGACGUUGACCCAUACAAGCACAACUCUCAAAGCAGACGUGACGCUCAUGACUCAGAUGAUGAAGAAGGUGGAGCUGGUGGUCCAGGUGUUCAAUGUGCUUCCCAAUAGGUGCAAUAGCUAUUUAUUUUAUAUAUUAAGUAAAGUUGCGAUCGGUUUA